AGUUUCAUUAUUAGGCAAUCACACAAACCAAAGUGUAUACAGAAUUAAAACAAAAAAUUAAACAAACAAACAGAGAGCACGCACAUGGCAGAAAGAAUUGAAGAAGAAAAACAGAGAAAGAUGAAGAGAAUCCUUCUCAUAAUAAAUUGCUUCAUACUUGCCUUAGGUAACUCCGGUGGGCCCCUCAUAAUGCGUCUUUACUUCAUCCACGGCGGCAACCGCGUCUGGCUCUCCAGUUUCCUCGAAACCGCCGGUUUCCCUCUCAUGUUACUUCCCCUCACCGUCUCAUACAUCAAACGCCGCCGUCUCCACCGACGUAACGCCGCCACCACCGAAAGCGGAAAAUUAAAUUUGAUCUCGAUGAAACCUCCUCUUUUCUUGGCUGUCGCCUUCAUCGGAAUCAUAACCGGUCUGGACGACUAUCUCUACGCUUAUGGCGUGGCUCGGCUUCCAGUUUCAACUUCCGCUUUGAUAAUCGCUUCUCAGCUUGGUUUCACAGCUGUUUUCGCUUUUCUUUUAGUGAAACAGAAAUUUACGGCGUUUUCUAUAAACGCUGUCGUUUUGCUUACUAUUGGAGCUGGUGUUUUGGCUAUGCACACAAGUGGGGAUCGUCCAAACGGUGAAUCUACUAAGCAAUAUGUUAUUGGUUUUAUUACAACUGUUGCUGCUGCAGCAUUGUAUGGCUUUGUUUUGCCUUUAAUUGAAUUGGUUUAUAAAAAGACCAAACAACCCCUCACUUACUCUCUUGUCAUGGAAAUUCAGUUCGUUAUGUGUAUGUUCGCCACUCUCUUUUGCGCCGUUGGCAUGAUUGUAAAUAACGACUUUAAGGUUAUUCCAAGAGAGGCAAAGAUUUUUGGACUUGGGGAAAAAACUUACUAUUUUGUAUUGGUGGUGAGUGCGAUAAUGUGGCAAGCGUUUUUUUUAGGAGCGGUCGGGGUAAUUUUUUGUGCUUCCUCGUUGUUGUCGGGAAUUUUGAUUGCUGUUUUGUUGCCACUAACUGAAGUGUUGGCGGUUAUUUUCUACAAAGAGCACUUUCAAGCGGAGAAAGCGGUAUCUCUUAUACUUUCACUUUGGGGUUUUGUGUCUUAUUUCUAUGGUGAAUUUAAAGAAAGUAAGGAAUUGAAGAAGAAGAAUCCUGAUUUAGAAACUCAGUUGGCUCAAACGUCUGUUGAUGUCCCUGCUCCGUGAUUCAGAUGCAAAUUAUAUUCACGUAGGUAUUAGUGGUUCUAAUCACUUGUGCUAAAGUCUAUUAGUGAUUUAAAAAUACUGGUAAUCAUUAGAAUAAGAAUGUUGAAAUAGCGUGGUGGAUCAGCUGGAACAGGAUAAGAAGAGAAGCCAUUUGAUUCAAAACCAUUCAGUGUGGAAAGGGAAUUUAAUCCAACCACUUUAUCCAUACGCGACAGCAAUUUCUACCGGUCAAAUCGAGGCAUAAUUAAGUUAAAGAUUCUUCCCACUAUACAUUUUAAGUGUAUUAACUUUGUGUUUCUUAUUAGACCGUUUUAUCCACACAAAAAUAUUAUUAAAAAA